UAACUCUUUAAUCAUUGGAGGUAGAGAGUGAGCGUUACUUUCAUUUUCUGUUACAGAAACGCUGUGAACACGUUUUUUGUUUUUGCUCUCUUAGUUUGUGGACGUGUCUCUCGUUGAUCACACAAUUCAUGAUGUGUUACAACUGGAGUCAUGUUGCAGACCUUGAAAUUUACCUGCAGGAUACUGAUUGUGGAGUAGUGAAAUGUCACUGUACAAGAGCUUCUAUCAGUGACAGAGAUUUGUGCAGAUUAGGAUACAAGGAUUUCUAUGAAGAUUCUAGUGAUGGGGAUUGUGAGGAAGAGGAAAGCAGUAGCUCAAUUGAAUCUGGGCAAGAAGAUGAAAAUGAUGAUGAAAAUAAGGCUGAAGACCUUGAUAACAUAGAAAAUAAGGCUGAAGACCUUGAUAACGUAGAAAAUGAGGCUGAAGACCUUGAUAACAUAGACAAUGGAGUGGAGGAGGCGCAUUUAGAUGAAGAAGCUGCUCUGAUGUCAGCCAUGGGACUACCAACAGCUUUUGCUGCAAAAGAUACACAUUCAAAGAAGUCAAAGACCAGAAAGUCGCAUGGACAUAAAAGGAAAAAACACCAAAAAAGAAAAAAGAAUUCGCAGAAAGAGAUUUACACAAAUUCCUACGGUGAUAUUGGGGACAUUACAUACUGUAGAGAGCUUGAAUUUGAACCUGCCUGGCACAGCUACUGGGAACAAUACGGAGAAUAUUUAGUAUGGGAAGGAUGGGUGAAUAAAUACCCAGAGCAAAUUGCUUCAGGGAUGUACCUAGGGGUUCCAUGUAUAGCUGAGGUGGAGGUGGGCAGCCAAGAUGAGGGGCAGGAGGAUGCAGUAAAAGAGAAGAGUGAGUUGAUGGAAAAUGAGUCUACUCCACCAUCCUCUUGCAGAAAAGAUGAUGUGGAUGGUAAAGGUAGUGUGGAGAUGGAUGACAGAAUUGUGGCAUGUUGUGGAAAGAAUGACGAGGAUGUGAGUGGAGGAAGUCCAUCUUAUGUAUUACCACAGACUUGUAACAGGUACCAGGAAUCUUACAAUGCUGCCAUUGAAAAUGUCAUGAAAGAAAGAUCAGAAACAAUGAGCAGUUAUCUGAAUCAGUCAGCAUCAGUCACAGAAAACAUCUCUAAUCAGCAGAGAGAGAUAGUGGACUUGAUGCACAACUACUGUAGUGGAACCUCUCAACAAAAUGAAAGUGAGUCACCUCCUGUAGAUGAAGAGGAUUCUGGGAUAGAUUACAAGAAUGCCGAGGUGCCACAGGAUGAAAAUGAUGACCAAGAGAAUUAUGACGUAGCUUGGCAGGAACUCUGGAAUGAACAUUAUACAGAGCUGUACUGGUAUUACUACAAUCAAUUUCUCACUGAAUUCAACAAACUUAGUGUUCACAAUAAGGAAGUCAUUGAACCACAAGCAGAGGACCAGGUUAUAGCUCAGACUGGGUCACCUGAUGAUGUUACGGAGGACCAGGUUAUAGCUCAGACUGGGUCACCUGAUGAUGUUACGGAGGACAAGCAGGUGGGUGAUGGAGUGUCUGUCGAUGCAGAGGAGAUGAAUGAGGAGGAUGAGGUGGAAGAUGGAUCAGGGGAAGGAAAGAAGAGGAAGGCAAGCAGUGACAACAGACAGCAGUCAGGACAACAAAAUUCAUCAAAUCUGAGUGGUCACUGUGGAGUGUCUUAUGGUCAGUCUGGAAGUAGGACUCUGUCUGGUGAGAUGGGAGGUGGAGGAGAUGAUCCUCCAGAUGACACUCCAAUAGAUAUCCCAAAUAGCCAUGCACUUGAUGACCCCAUUCCUUUGGAAGAAGAUGGUAGGGAAGGAUUAAAAUUCAUGGGGUUUGCUUUACCAGAAAACAAUGGAGAUGAAACUGAAAGCUCGGUGAAAGCACCCAGAAUGACAGUUGGAAAGAUAGCAUACAAAGACAAAAGGGCAUUCAGAAAUAGCAAAAAAAUCGACAAGGGGAAGCAACCCAAACAUAUCUGGUACGAUGAAAGGGGUGAAAAAUUAACAGUCACAAAAAGUAAAACUCUUAACAAGGCUAAACGAUUCCUACAAAAAGCAGAGGAGGAAAGUAAAUCAUUGGUUGAGGAGGAGGAGAAUGAGGAAGGCUUUUCUGUUAUUCCCAAGGAACUUUUGGACGGUAAUAGUUCUGACACCUCCUCAUCCUCAGAGGAAAUAUUAGGAGGAGAUAAUCUGGAGUCUCAGUGUAGAGAUGAUAAGGAACAAAAUCAGAGUAUGUCCUCACUCACAGAGAAGGAUGACGUAACAGAGGUAUCGGGUGUAGUGGGGGUGUCAAAAUCAAGUACCAACAAAAGAAAGAAAAAGAAGAGGAAUACAAAGAAAGUGAAAAUGCCUCCCGAGGUGGCCGAUAGUGAUGAUCUGAGGAAGUACUGGGCUCAGCGCUACAGGCUGUUCUCAAAAUUUGAUGAGGGAAUUAAACUGGAUAGAGAGGGUUGGUUUUCAGUAACUCCAGAGAAGAUAGCAGAGCACCUUGCAGAGAGAUGCCGUUGUGAUGUCAUUGUCGAUGGCUUCUGUGGAGUGGGAGGAAAUGCUAUACAAUUUGCUUUUACUUGUGAAAGAGUGAUAGCCAUUGACAUUGACCCUGAAAGGGUGGCUUUAGCCCAGCACAAUGCCCGGGUGUACGGUGUGGAAGACAGGAUUGAGUUCAUCAUUGGAGACUACUUCCAUGUGGCUCCAACCCUCAAGGCAGAUGUGGUGUUUCUGAGUCCUCCCUGGGGUGGACCCGAGUACUUGGGGGCAGAGGUGUUUGAUCUGGAGACAAUGAUCGAGUUGAAGUCAUCAGAAAUAUUCUCAGUAGCAAGGAAUAUCACAAACAACAUUGCAUUCUUUGUACCGAGAAAUGCAAAUGUUGAACAGCUAACCUCAUUGGCUGGUCCAGGAGGUAAAGUGGAAAUAGAACAGAAUUUGCUGAACAAUAAAUUGAAAACCAUCACUGCUUACUAUGGGGAACUUGUGUUGGAAGGUGAAUAUGAUGAUGAUGCAGGCCAGGUCAUGGACAUUUUUGAAAAUGAGGAAACUGACAAAUUUGAACAAAUACAAGAAUUUAGGAAUGCUGAUGUUACAACAGACAUAACUCAGGGCACAGAAGUAUCAACGAAUAGUAAAGAAAUUUCCAAUUCUGAAAAUGUUGAAGAGAAUAUUGUACCACAGAAGACCAAAGAAUUCUCAGAACCCAGUGACUUGAAAGCACAGUAUCUUAGCAGUGAAAAUAGCAUUACUUCAGAAUAAUUCAGUAUUUCAAUGUUGGACUCCAAUUAAAUUUUACAGAUUUAUGCAUUAAUACUGAAAAUGAUGAUUACAUGUACAUUAUGUAUAUGAAAACCUGAUUGUCUUUUAUCCUUCUUCAUAGAAUAUAUAGAAGACCAUUUC